GAAGGUCGGGGGAGGGCCUGAGCCUUUCUCCUGUCGGGAGCGAGAUCUGGACUGCGCUGGGCGUCGGGAGCCCUGGGCCAGCCCCCCGCCAUCGCGGCCGCCGCCCCGUCCGCUGUUGCCCGGCCAGGUGCAAAAUGCCUUGUCAUUGGGAGAGUCUGUGGCAGGAGCAUUGAAUUACAGCUCAGCCGAGCCCGGGUCGGGCGGCGGGGGUGGAAGAUGAGCAGAAGCCCCUGUUCUCCGAGCGCCCGCUGACAAGCGGAGUCAGAGCGGCUGGUGCGGGGACAGAGUGUAGCCCACUGGAGCAGCCCGGGUCUGGCCUGUUUCUCUUCAAAAGCAGCAGAUCUGAGCCGGGAGCCAGCGAUCCCAACCGGCCUCCCUCCUCCAGCCUUCUCCAGCGAGGAGACCCACCAGCUGCGCCUCGAUCCUCCCUGAUCUUCCCCAGCCCUCUCCGCGCCCUGGGCGCAAGGGGCCCUUAACUCGUGCCAGUCAUGCUGAGGGUCUUCAUCCUCUAUGCCGAGAAUGUCCACACCCCGGACACCGACAUCAGCGAUGCCUACUGCUCUGCGGUGUUUGCAGGAGUGAAGAAGAGAACCAAAGUCAUCAAGAACAGCGUGAACCCAGUGUGGAAUGAGGGCUUUGAGUGGGACCUCAAGGGCAUCCCCUUGGACCAGAGCUCCGAGCUCCAUGUGGUGGUCAAAGACCAUGAGACAAUGGGGAGGAACAGGUUCUUAGGGGAAGCCCAAGUCCCACUCCGGGAGGUCCUCGCCACCCCCAGUCUGUCUGCCAGCUUCAAUGCCCCCCUGCUGGACACCAAGAAGCAGCCCACAGGGGCCUCGCUGGUCCUGCAGGUGUCCUACACGCCACUCCCUGGAGCCGUGCCCCUGUUCCCACCCUCUGCAUCUCUGGAACCCUCCCCGACUCUGCCUGACAUGGAUAUGGUGGCUGGUGGGGGACAGAGCCGGGCUGAGACUUGGUCCCUGCUCAGUGACAGCACCGUGGACACGAGAUACUCUGGAAAGAAGUGGCUGGCCCCCACGGACACAGGAGGAGAGGAGGACACUGAGGACCAGGGGCUCACGGGAGAUGAGGCAGAGCCAUUACUGGAUCCGAGCGGUGCCCCAGGCCCUGGGGCCCCCACCACCCCGAGGAAGCCACCUUCCCAUCCGCCCCCCUACCACCCCGGGAGCAAGAGAAAAAGAGGUGCUCCCACGCCCAGAAAGCUGCUGUCGGACAAACCGCAGGACUUCCAGAUCAGGGUGCAAGUGAUCGAGGGGCGCCAGCUGCCAGGGGUGAAUAUCAAGCCUGUGGUCAAAGUCACGGCUGCCGGGCAGACCAAGAGGACACGGAUCCACAAGGGAAACAGCCCACUCUUCAACGAGACUCUCUUCUUCAAUGUGUUUGACUCUCCCUCGGAGCUGUUUGACGAGCCCAUCUUUAUCACGGUGGUAGACUCCCGUUCUCUCCGGACAGACGCUCUCAUUGGGGAAUUCCGGAUGGAUGUGGGUACCAUCUACAGAGAGCCCCGACACGCCUAUCUGAGGAAAUGGCUUCUCCUCUCGGACCCUGACGAUUUCUCUGCUGGGGCCAGAGGUUACCUGAAAGCAAGCCUCUGUGUGCUGGGGCCCGGCGAUGAAGCGCCUCUGGAGAGAAAGGACCCCUCUGAAGACAAGGAGGACAUCGAAAACAAUCUGCUCAGGCCAACUGGCGUGGCCCUUCGAGGGGCCCACUUCUGCCUGAAGGUCUUCAGAGCUGAGGACUUACCACAGAGUGAGUUUGGCAUCCUCCUUGGGUUGGAGGCCCACGAUCUCUGCAGCAAGAUCCUGGAGAAGACAGCCAACCCUCAGUGGAACCAGAGCAUCACGCUGCCCGCCAUGUUUCCCUCCAUGUGUGAAAAAAUGAGGAUUCGCGUCAUGGACUGGGACCGCCUCACCCACAAUGACAUCGUGGCCACCACCUACCUGAGUAUGUCGAAAAUCUCCGCCCCUGGAGGAGAAAUAGAAGAGGAGCCUGCAGGUGUGGCCAAGCCUUCUCCAGCCAUGGACCUGGACGACCAUCUGGGCUUCCUCCCCACCUUCGGGCCCUGCUACGUCAACCUCUACGGCAGCCCCAGGGAGUUCACCGGCUUCCCGGACCCCUACGCAGAACUCAACAUGGGCAAGGGAGAAGGUGUGGCCUACCGAGGUCGGCUUCUGCUCUCCCUGGAGACCAAGCUGGUGGAGCACAGCGACCAAAAGGUGGAGGACCUCCCUGCGGAUGACAUCCUUCGGGUGGAGAAGUAUCUCCGGAGGCGUAAGUACUCCCUCUUUGCCGCCUUCUACUCGGCCUCCAUGCUCCAGGAUGUGGAUGAUGCCAUCCAGUUCGAGGUCAGCAUCGGGAACUAUGGCAACAAGUUCGACACCACGUGCCUGCCGCUGGCCUCUACCACCCAGUACAGCCGGGCGGUCUUUGACGGGUGCCACUACUACUACUUGCCCUGGGGCAACGUGAAGCCCGUGGUGGUGCUGUCAUCCUACUGGGAGGACAUCAGCCACAGAGUUGAGGCUCAGAACCAGCUGCUCAGGAUUGCGGACCGGCUGGAAGCUGCCCUGGAGCAAGUCCACUUGGCCGUGAAGGCGCAGUACAACGCCGAGGACGUGGACUCCCUGUUGGCUCAGCUGAUGGAUGAGCUCAUCUCAGACUGCAGCCAGCCCCUAGGCGAUGUCCACGAGACACCCUCUGCCACCCACCUGGACCAGUACCUGCACAGGCUGCGUAGCCGUCACCUAAGCCAGAUUGCAGAGGCGGCGCUGGCCCUGAAGCUCGGGCACGGCGGGCUCCCGGCCGCCCUGGAGCAGGCUGAAGACUGGCUCCUGCGGCUCCGUGCCCUGGCCGAGGAGCCUCAGAACAGCCUGCCCGACAUCAUCAUCUGGAUGCUGCAGGGCGACAAGCGAGUGGCAUACCAGCGGGUGCCUACACAUGAGGUCCUCUUCUCCCGGCGUGGAGCCAGCUACUGCGGCAAGAACUGUGGGAAGCUGCAGACGAUAUUUCUCAAAUAUCCCAUGCAGGGGGUGCCCGGAGCCCGGAUGCCCGUGCAGAUACGGGUGAAGCUCUGGUUUGGGCUUUCUGUGGAUGAGAAGGAGUUCAACCAGUUUGCUGAGGGAAAGCUGUCUGUCUUUGCUGAAACCUAUGAGAACCAGACCAAACUGGCCCUCGUUGGGAACUGGGGCACAACAGGCCUUACCUACCCCAAGUUUUCUGAUGUCGCGGGCAAGAUCAAGCUCCCCAAGGAUAGCUUCCGCCCCUCAGCCGGCUGGACCUGGGCUGGAGAUUGGUUUGUGUGUCCAGAGAAGACGCUGCUCCAUGACACCGACGCGGGCCACCUGAGUUUCGUGGCGGAGGUGUUUGAGAACCAGACCCGGCUCCCUGGAGGCCACUGGGUCUACAUGAGUGACAACUACACGGAUGUGAAUGGGGAGAAGGUGCUUCCCAAGGAUGACAUUGAGUGCCCGCUGGGCUGGAAGUGGGAAGAUGAAGAGUGGUCCACGGACCUCAAUCGGGCCGUUGAUGAGCAAGGCUGGGAGUACAGUAUCACCAUCCCCCCGGACCGGAAGCCGAAGCACUGGGUCCCCGCUGAGAAGAUGUACUACACGCACCGUCGGCGGCGCUGGGUCCGCCUGCGCAGGAGGGACCUCAGCCAGAUGGAGGCCCUGAGGAAGCACAGGCAGGCGGAGGCGGAGGGCGAGGGCUGGGAGUACGCCUCGCUCUUUGGCUGGAAAUUCCACCUGGAGUACCGCAAAACGGAUGCAUUCCGUCGCCGCCGCUGGCGCCGCCGCAUGGAGCCGCUGGAGAAGACGGGGCCUGCAGCCGUGUUUGCCCUUGAGGGGGCACUGGGUGGCGUGGUAGAUGACCGGAGUGAAGAUUCCAUGUCCGUGUCCACCUUGAGCUUUGGCGUGAACAGACCCACGAUUUCCUGCAUCUUUGAUCAUGGGAACCGCUACCACCUGCGCUGCUAUAUGUACCAGGCUCGGGACCUGCCCUCGAUGGACAAGGACUCUUUUUCUGAUCCCUACGCCAUCGUCUCCUUCCUGCACCAGAGCCAGAAGACCGUGGUGGUGAAGAACACUCUGAACCCCACCUGGGACCAGACGCUCAUCUUCUAUGAGAUUGAGAUCUUUGGAGAGCCAGCCAGCAUCGCCGAGCAGCCGCCCAGCAUUGUGGUGGAGCUGUAUGACCACGACACCUACGGUGCAGAUGAGUUUUUGGGACGCUGCAUGUGUCAGCCCAGUCUGGAACGGAUGCCCCGGCUGGCCUGGUUCCCGCUGGUUAGGGGCAGCCAGCCGGCAGGCGAGCUGCUGGCCUCUUUUGAGCUCAUCCAGAGAGAGAAGCCGGCCAUUCACCAUAUUCCUGGUUUUGAGGUGCAGGAUACAUCGGGAAUCCUGGACGAGUCGGAGGACACAGACCUGCCCUACCCACCGCCUCAGAGGGAGGCCAACAUCUACAUGGUUCCCCAGAACAUCAAGCCGGUUCUCCAGCGCACUGCCAUAGAGAUCCUGGCAUGGGGCCUACGGAACAUGAAGAGUUACCAGCUGGCCAGUAUCUCCUCCCCCAGCCUCGUGGUGGAGUGCGGGGGCCAGACGGUGCAGUCCUGUGUCAUCAGGAACCUCCGGAAGAACCCCAACUUCGACAUCUGCACCCUCUUCAUGGAAGUGAUGCUGCCCAGAGAGGAGCUCUACUGUCCCCCCAUCGUGAUCAAGGUCAUUGAUAACCGCCAGUUUGGCCGCCGGCCUGUGGUGGGCCAGUGUACCAUACGCUCCCUGGAGAGCUUCAUGUGUGACCUGUACUCCGAGGAGAGUCCGUCCCCACAGGGCGGCCCAGAUGAUGUGAGUUUACUCAGUCCUGGGGAAGACGUGCUCAUUGACAUCGACGACAAGGAGCCCCUCAUCCCCAUACAGGAGGAGGAGUUCAUCGACUGGUGGAGCAAAUUCUUUGCCUCCACAGGGGAGAGGGAGAAGUGCGGCUCGUACUUGGAGAAGGGCUUUGACACUCUAAAGGUCUAUGACACACAACUGGAGAACGUGGAGGCCUUUGGGGGCCUGUCUGACUUUUGUAACACCUUCAAGCUCUACCGGGGCAAGACUCAGGAGGAGACGGAGGACCCAUCUGUUAUCGGGGAGUUUAAGGGCCUCUUCAAAAUCUACCCCCUCCCGGAAGACCCGGCCGUCCCCAUGCCCCCGAGACAGUUCCAGCAGCUGGCUGCCCAGGGGCCUCAGGACUGCCUGGUCCGCAUCUAUAUCAUCCGGGCAUUUGGCCUGCAGCCCAAGGACCCCAAUGGGAAGUGUGAUCCUUACAUCAAGAUCUCCAUAGGGAAGAAAUCAGUGAGUGACCAGGAUAAUUACAUUCCCUGUACCCUGGAGCCUGUGUUUGGAAAGAUGUUCGAGCUGACCUGCACUCUGCCUCUGGAGAAGGACCUGAAGAUCACACUCUACGACUAUGACCUCCUCUCCAAAGAUGAGAAGAUCGGGGAGACAGUCAUCGACCUGGAGAAUAGGCUGCUGUCCAAGUUCGGGGCUCGCUGCGGACUCCCACAGACCUACUGUGUCUCUGGACCCAACCAGUGGAGGGACCAGCUCCGCCCCUCCCAGCUUCUCCAGCUCACCUGCCAGCAGCGCAGACUCAAGGCGCCCGUGUACCUCACAGACCGCGUACUCUUUCAGGAUAAAGAAUACACCAUUGAGGAAAUAGAGGCUGGCAGGGUCCUGAACCCACACCUGGGCCCAGUGGAAGAGCGUCUGGCCUUGCACGUCCUCCAGCAGCUGGGCCUGGUCCCCGAGCAUGUGGAGUCCCGGCCUCUUUACAGCCCCCUGCAGCCAGACAUUGAGCAGGGGAAGCUGCAGAUGUGGAUCGAUCUGUUUCCCAAGGCCCUGGGGCGACCUGGACCUCCCUUCAACAUCACCCCACGGAGAGCAAGAAGGUUUUUCCUGCGUUGUAUUAUCUGGAACACAAAGGACGUGAUCCUGGACGACCUCAGCAUCACGGGGGAGAAGAUGAGUGACAUUUACGUGAAAGGUUGGAUGGUCGGCUUUGAAGAGCACAAGCAGAAGACGGACGUGCACUACCGCUCCCUGGGAGGCGAAGGCAACUUUAACUGGAGGUUCAUUUUCCCCUUUGACUACCUGCCCGCUGAGCAAGUCUGCACCGUCUCUAAGAAGGAUGCUUUCUGGAGGCUGGACAAGACUGAGAGCAAAAUCCCAGCACAAGUGGUAUUUCAGAUCUGGGACAAUGACAAGUUCUCCUUUGACGACUUUCUGGGCUCGUUGCAGUUGGAUCUCAACCGCAUGCCCAAGCCUGCCAAGACAGCUGAGAAGUGCUCCUUGGACCAGCUGGACGACACUUUCCACCCGGAGUGGUUUGUGUCCCUUUUUGAACAGAAAACAGUAAAGGGCUGGUGGCCCUGUGUGGCAGAAGACGGUGAGAAGAAGAUCCUGGCGGGCAAGCUGGAAAUGACCUUGGAGAUCGUAGCAGAGAGUGAGCACGAAGAGCGGCCUGCGGGUCAAGGCCGGGAUGAACCCAACAUGAACCCCAAGCUCGAGGACCCAAGGCGCCCCGACACCUCCUUCCUGUGGUUCACCUCUCCGUACAAGACCAUGAAGUUCAUCCUGUGGCGGCGGUUCCGGUGCGCCAUCAUCCUCUUCGUCGUUCUCGUCAUCCUGCUGCUCUUCCUGGGCAUCUUCCUCUAUUCCUUCCCGAACUAUGCUGCCAUGAAGCUGGUGAAACCCUUCAGCUGAGGACUCCAGCCCAGAACUGGCUGCCUUCUCCACCCGGCUUAGCUGAGCUCCGCUGGACCUCCAGGCCUCACCAGCCUGCCAGGGGCGAGCAGACAGACCGGCACACGCUCCAAGAGCUGGCGACAUCGAGUCCUGGGAUCACCCCCCUUUCAUCAUGUCUUUUGCCCCCAACCCAACCCUUUUUGGAUCAGCCCAUAUGUAUUUCAGUAUAAAACAGUUUUAAC